CAGCUCCUCGUUACAACCUCGUCUGCUACCCUAAUCCGUGCAUGUUAUACUCUCCCUGCUAUUUUACCUCUGUGUUUUCGAUUCAUGUCUUCGAUUGCAAAGAGAAAAACGACCGAGGAAGUCCGACUUCAGGGAUCCGAAAAAAAGACUACUGAUACACAUAACUCCUUGAAUUACCAUGAGAUGCGCAAGGGCAUGGUGCACGACUUCGGGAAGGAUAGCGGUUCAGCUUACCCUCACAAAUUCCAUGUUUCCCUUUCUAUUGGUUCAUUCAUUAAAUUGUACUCUUAUCUUGAACCUGGGCAGCACUUAGAUGACGUCACGGUCAGUGUUGCUGGUCGUAUACAUGCCAAGCGCGAAUCUGGCUCAAAGCUAGUAUUCUAUGACAUUAUAUCAGACGAAAACCAGCUUCAAAUUUUGGCUAAUGUCAAGGAUUAUCACUGUGUGGAAGAGUUUCGGCGCAUAAAUGAUAUGCUUCAUUUGGGCGAUGUUGUCGGAUGCAUCGGUAAACCAGGAAAGUCAAAGUUCGGCGAACUCAGCAUCCUUCCCAAACAAUUAAUAUUACUAGCUCCAUGUCUCUACCAGCUACCUCAUUUGCACUACGGCGUCAAGGACAAGGAAACUCGCUACCGUCAACGUUACCUUGAUCUAAUGAUGAAUGAUGAUGUCAGAAAGCGCUUCGUCACUCGCGCCCGUAUCAUAAACUAUAUCCGCUCGUUCCUCGACAAUCUUGGAUUCCUUGAAGUGGAAACACCGAUGAUGAAUGUGUUACCUGGUGGGGCCGCUGCAAAGCCGUUCGUCACUCAUCACAACGACUUGAAUAUGAACUUAUUUCUACGCGUCUCUCCGGAGCUUUACCACAAAAUGCUGGUUGUUGGCGGUUUCAGUCGGGUUUACGAAAUCGGCCGUGUUUUUCGUAAUGAAGGUAUCGACUUGACCCACAACCCUGAGUUUUCCAUUUGUGAAUUUUACAUGGCUUAUGCGGAUUAUGAGGACCUGAUGAAAAUCACUGAGGAUAUGCUUUGUGGUCUUGUGAAUUACCUUUUCGGCUCUUAUACUUUCACGUAUCACCCUGACGGAGCCGAUUCGGAGCCGAUAACGCUUGAUUUCACCCCUCCUUUCAAGCGUGUAGACAUUUAUGACGGUUUGAGCACGAAGUUGGGCGUAACUUUUCCCCCGCCUCAAACUUUGGAUACGACGGAAGCGAAUGAAUUCUUCAUUAAGCUUGCUGCUGAAAAGGGGGUUGAUUGUCCAGAGCCAAAAACUACCGCACGUCUUUUGGAUAAGUUAGCUGGUGUAUUCCUGGAACCGGAUUGUGUCAACCCAACCUUCCUCAUUUGUCAUCCGACUGUAAUGAGCCCCUUGGCGAAGUGGCAUCGGUCUCGCCCAGGCCUAACGGAGCGAUUCGAAUUGUUUAUCUUAUCUAAAGAGAUUUGCAAUGCGUAUACUGAACUAAACGAUCCCGUGGUUCAGCGACAACGGUUUGUGGAACAAGCUAAGGCAAAGGCUGCUGGAGAUGGAGAAGCAAUGCCUACUGACGAACAGUUCUUAACUGCCUUGGGCUAUGGUCUGCCGCCGACAGCGGGUUGGGGUUUGGGCAUCGAUAGGUUAACAAUGUUCCUGACGAACACUAACAAUUUGAAGGAGGUAAUUCUGUUUCCCGCCAUGAAACCGGAAGUCCCUUCACAAGCCCAAGUUAGCGACACUGUAAAUAAUGAUGAAUUGGACUUCAUCUCCCAUCCUACAGUUCCUGGUAAUGAUCUCUCCGUCUCUGUGGGAAGUCUGAGCUUAUCUUCCCCAUGUACCUCCAAAUUACCGAUGGAAACUGCUGCUUCUGCUGCUGAGGACUUUGCUUUGGUUGUCGAUGGAGCGCAUGGCCCAACGGUAGUUCCUACUAUAUCUGCCCCCGAUAUUGAACAGUCCCCUAGCCCGAACGAUCAUUCGUAUUCAACGGAAAUGUCACCGUCAACUGGCCAAGUAAACGACGCGGCCAUCAAAGGCAGUGGAGGUAAAAGUGGGAAGAAAAAGAAGGGUCGGCGGUCCUAGCUUGGGUUUCCUUGCUCAUUUUGUGCCAUGUUCCCGGAACCACUUUUUGCAGUAACUUUGGUUCAACGUCGGUUUUUGUGCUGUAUGUCUUCAUUCACUUGUGUGAGGUAACGGCUUGCUUUACUCUCCAAAGAUACCUAUUGUCAAUAUAAGAAACGUCUGGUAUGCUC